UAGUAUGGCCUUCCAUUUUUAUUAGGAAAAGUGUCUAGGUGAGGAAAUUGAAAAUACAGUUUUCAAAAAAUGUAAAAUUGGAUUUUUAGUAUCAAAAUUUAACGUUUUUCAACAACUAAUGUGAGAUUCGUAAUCAGCGUCAAAAACUACAUCUAGUGAUAUGCUCCUAUCAGUUCUACUCUAAAAUAAUUUUUUCAAAAACUUGAUCAACGAAGUCUAGAGUUACGUCGACAAGCCGUGUAGACAUCGAUGACGUCUCUCUGUCUGCUGAUUGAGCACCGGAAUCUAAAAGACGUGAGCAGAGUGACGCCACAGAAAGCCUUUUAAUAUAAUCAAAAGUUUCUAGAAUAAACGUAAAAAGUGUACGAUUUGUUGUACUUUUCAUGCUCAAUUGGAUGCCUCACAGAAAAGUUUAAAAAUCACUUGGUAUCAUGUUUUGCUAUGGCUCAGAACUGACGGAUUUUUCAUUUUACUGGUAAAGCGACUAGUUUUGAAAAAAAUACCAUUUUUCUGCAUGAAGUUUUACGAUAAACUCAACACCAAUGUAUGCACUAGAUUUCUCACGUCAUUUUCUAUCUAGUAGUAUGUGAACCAGCUGUUAAAAAUAUGCGGUUGUUCUGUGACAAGUCGAUUAUUACCAGUAGUUAUUUAAUUUUUAAUGCGCUUAUACAAAAUUCCUUUCCUAUUCCACAAGAAUUAUCAAGACUUAAGCUAGUGUCAGCUGUUAUCUGAUAAAGACAUAGGAAGAUCAUAUGUUUAGAACAGUGACUUUUCUCCUCUCUGACGUCAUUACUCUUCUCUCAAAUGUCUCUCGUGUGUUCAACGACAUGUAAGUUUUGUGUAUAAAUAGCUGUCCUAUUAGGAAUCUCAUGUAUGCAGUUCGUAACACACAUCCACUCACACUAAUUCCAUCAACAACAACACCAGAUAAUUCAUGAUCAGCAUGCAUCGACCAUAACACCAACAAGAAUGACAAUUAUAUCACCUUUAACAGAAUAUGAAAAAGUACGAUGGCCAUCAGAAAAUGAAACAUGGUUAGAUUAUUAAGUAAGACAACGGCGUGAAAAUUUUCGAAAAACAACAGCAAAUGAGUGUGGUGUAUUAAAUGAGGCGACUAAUAGUGGAACACAAUUACCAACAACAUCAGAAGAAAGAGAAGAAGAAAUUAAUGAUAAUCAACAAGUACAAUUACAACAGGGUGUUAUCGGAACGAUGGAUCAAGAUCGUACACUAUUAUUCUCAAAAUUAUAUGGUACAUUGGAACAAUGA